AUGGUUUACUCGAAGCUACAUUACGAACAUGAAUGUCUUCCAUGUGAAUGGCUGUUCUCGUCGGCAAUUGAACUUCAAAAUCACAUUGUAAUGCACCAUGCCUCGCUCAUUUGCCUGACAUGCAACGGUAAAACCUUCAAUGGGACAGACGCUUUCAAGAGCCAUUAUCCAUUUAGGUUGCAUAAGUUCAAAUGUGGCAAAUGUGGCGUCGGCCUUAAUGGAACAGACCCUCAAAGCCUUGGUAAAGCCAUCAGCCAUCUCAAAAGCUGCCAAUCAAUCCUCGAUCGUCAUUGUGUCAAAGUGUAUGAAGACCAAGAGGUCUACUAUGAGCAUUGUCGUACUGACAGAGAGCAUAUCAAAAUCGCUGAUGCUUGGGAACGCGAAGAUAAUAUCAAGAGACGACAAGAGUGGGAAGAACAAAAAGCUCUUAGAGAGAAGUCCAACUCCGAGAGGCACUCAGGGUGGCAAUCGUAUCAAGUCCAAAUAGCUAGGGACCGUUCCGAGUAUGAACUCCUUCAGAAGAAGGAAUAUCCUCCAUUCGAGUCCGAACAAACCGCUACGGAAAUCACCACUGAAGAAACCAAUACUCCAAGCCCCAUUGGAGAUGAAUCGCCUGAUCAGCAAUACUUUGAAUCCCAAGGGAAUCAGGUAGAAAUCUAUGACUCCGAUCAAAGUAAUGAAAGCUUUGAAUACCCAACUGAUUGGACGGAUCACGCGACCUUAUCAGAGGAAGAGAUGAUGUCUCUUAAGGAGCGAAUGGUCAGAAAGAACCGACGAGAGAAGAGGGCGAUCAAAGCAGCAGCAAAGAUUGCAGAAGAAGAACGCCUUAAGGCGGACAAAAAAUUGGCUCGUGAAAAGGCUGCUGAGGCCGCCCGUCUGGAGGCUCGGAUGAAGCUCACUCCCGAGGAGCUUAAGGCCUUAGAAGAGAAGGAGCGUCAAGAUGAGGAGAAAAUGGAGGCGAAUAAAGAGAAGAUCAGAGCCUGGGUCCGCGAAAGAGCUGAGGCUCGACGCGAAUAUCAACGUCUGAAGCACCAAAGCUACAGGAUGGAUGAUUAA